AUGCCUCCGCGCAUUUCUUCCAAGCCCUCUCGACAGCAUGCUCAGCGGGAUGAGGCCUUUGUCAGGGACAUGACGGAAAGAUAUACAAACUACCUCGUCAUUGCAGAGACCUGUGGUCGCACAGUUCGGGGGAUGGGAUACGGCCAGAACGACGUGGCCCGCGUGCAGCCCGUCUAUGACCAGGCCGCUCGAGACUGGCGCAAUGAUCCGACGAUUAUUCUGCGAACCAACAGUACGGAUCCUAAUGAGCAAGCCGCAUUUUUUCGUCAGUGCGAUUCCAUCUGCGCCACACCACUCGACACUCUAUACAAAUGUUUUUGGGUUGGCUUUGCCGCCACUGCUGGAGCACAAGGAUUGUAUUGCCUGUUCGGCAACCAUCCAGCCCGGGGUAAGAUUGUCAGCGACGCAACCGAUGAAUCAUAA